UUCCUGUCAUGCCAGUAGUGAAAAAUAAAUUAUGUCUACCUGGUAUAUGGACGGUGCCAAGGAUAACCGAGGUGUUUAUACAAAACAGGGACCGGAAGGACUGCUACAGAGUGAGCGCAGGAGGAUAACGCUGCAGAGUGACCUUGUGACCUUACAGAGGGAUCAGCGCCUUAGCCGGGCUGUGCGGCUGCAGAGCCGGUGGCAGGAGCUGAGUGAGAGAGAGCGUCAGGCCCAGCAGCAGAACAGGCAGCUGCUGCAGGAGUUUGACAGAGCCCAGGACACUCUGAGAGACAUGGUCACCCGCAACGCCGCUAUGAAUACCAUAAAAGUGGAGUAUGAAAGGUAUCUGGAGGAGAGCUUCCCUCGCUGGCAGCAGCAGCUCAAACAGAAGACACUAUCUGCCCAACGCAAGCGAUUGGAGCAGCACCUGAAGGAGUGCCUGAGGAGUAUGGAGGAGGACAAUGCUGAAGAGAGGGGCUCCAGACCCCCCAUUGGAGCCCAACCUCCACUUUCUCCAUGUAACACCAACACACCCUUAUACAGUUCACCUUACCUCCCACCAACAUACCUCACUGUCAUUUCUCUUUCUUUAGGUCAUGUCCAACAGCUCCAGAAUGCCGCUGCACACCACAACCAAAAUGGCCACCAGGACUACAUCCAAAAUGGCCACCAUCAUCCCAGCAUCCCUUCAAUUCAGUCCUCCUGGUUGAUUCAUGCUCGUUCCCAAUGGGUUGAUUCCCAAACCAGAAUGCACUCCAAACUCAAACAAAGAGACAUGACUCACCAACCCGCUCACCCCCUCCACCCCUAUGACCCCCAGUUCCUCUACCCCCCUCAGCCUUACCCUGUCCAGCACCCUCAGUCCCUCUACCCCCCUCAGCCUUACCCUAUCCAGCCCCCUCAGUCCUACUCUAACCCCAGUAAACACCACAUUGUGAUCCAGCAGGAGGCACCACCGACAGGGUUCCCCAUGCAAUGGGCUGCUGGAGUCGCCACGGCUGGGCUCCAUUUCAGGGCCCCAGUGGGCCUUCAAACUUCCUGGACAAGCCCUGCCAUGCCGGAUACCCAGGGAUGGAGAAUAGUACAGGAUGUGGCGGGGGAGGAUCUGGGGAGGGUGGCCAGUGCAGCGACUAGUCCUGAAGGAGGGAGCAGUGUGGGACACAGACAGAAGAGAGAGAAGAGCAGCGAUUUGGCACAUGAGCUCGACAUCAAACCAGUGCGUCUGUUGAGUGGACAUGGAGAGAGCAGUGAGAGUAGCAGAACCUCCAGUCAGGCCAGUAAAGACAGCGUCAGUAGCAGGGAGAGGAGGAAGAGGAAGGAGAAGAAUGGAGGAAGAGCAGGACAGAGCGCAACAGACAGGUCCUCUGCAGGAUCCGGGGAGGUGGUUAUUCCUGAGGCUUCAGUAUCUUCUGCCUCUGUGGUCCAAAGCUCAGAGAAUGAUGGGACAUCGGUGGUAGGGAGAAACAGGAGCAGGAUGAGUAGGGGACUGGCUAACCUAUUCAGUGCAGAGGAGUCAGGAAGUCAUAGAGACGAAUCAGGGAGUGAUAGGGAGUGGUCGGUGAGUCAAAAGGAGGAAUCAAGUCAAAUUCAAGAAUCAGGGAGUCAUAGGGCAAAGGCAGUGGGUCACAUGGAGGAAUCAGUGAGUCAUAGGGUAGAGGCAGUGAGUCAAAUGGAAGAGUCAAGAAGUCAAAUGCAGGCGUCAAUGAUUAAAAAGGAGUCAGUGAGUCAUGGGGAGGAAGUAGCCAGUGACAAAGAAGUAGGAGAUAAUGCCAUGGAGGCCACAGAGGGAGAAGAGGAGAGUCUGGUUGGACUCAGUGUGGAGGAGGGAGCAACAGGAGAAGAGGAGAGUCUGGUUGGACUCAGUGAGGAGGUGGGAGCAACAGGAGAAGAGGAGAGUCUGGUUGGACUCCGUGUGGAGGGGGGAGCAACAGGAGAAGAGGAGGAGGAAAUUAAACAUGACAGAGAGGAGGGGAGGGAAACAAAGGAAGAAGAGGGAAUGGGAGAACAUGAAGGCGAAAAAGAGCAAGGAGAAGAUCAGGAUGAAGGCAAUGAGGCACACCAGAGAGACAGAGAAGAAGGAGAGGAGGAGGAGGAAGAGGAAGAAGUCCAACCAGAGAGUGAGAGCGUUUCUAUAAGGGAGCACACUGCAGAGGACGAGGAAGACAGGGAGAGGGGAGAGGAGGAAGCAGAGGAGGCACAGGACUCAGAAGGGCAGGUAGAGCGCGAGGAGGUGGAACGGGGUGAUAGAGGCAUGGAGGAAGAGAGCGAGAACGAAAGAGAGGAAUCACACACUUCUCAGAACGGAGAGAUAGAAGAGGAGGAUGUGGGAGUUGGGAAUGAAAGAGAUGAUAAUGAGGAGGGGUCAGAAGGUGAAGAAGAUGGUGGCGAGGAAGAGGAAGAGGAGCAGCGUUGUCAGGAUGCUGAGGAAGACUCAGCAGCAGGGCAACCUGAGGAUGAAGAGGAGAGAGACUCUGACGACAGCAUCAUCUCACCACCAGAACACAGGUCAUCCAAAUGCCUGGCAGAGGUAGCGGAAGAGGAGGAGGAAGAAGUGAUCGGUGAUAAUGAUGAAAAUGAUGAUGGUGAAGAUGAUGAAGAUGACAAAGUGAAAGGGUAUUUAUGGUCUGUGGAUCCCUUUCCAGAUGAGGAUGAUGAUAUUGAAAGUCUUCUCGCUCCACAAGCAAAGUCUCAGGAAAAACAAGAGAAAGAAGAAAAGAAAAAGACAGUGGUCCUUGUCAAACCCAAAGCCAUAGAUGAAGACUUGGACAGUUUCUCUGAAGUAAAAGCACUUCACAAAAAGAAAGGGGCUAAUCAGGACACAGACUCAGAAGAGUUUGAUCACUUCUACGACUGACAAGCCUUGUGUUCCAGCUCACCUAAAACCUCAACAAGAUAUGAGUGACUGCAAUUCUAAUGCCAGACUUCUAAAUCCAGAACACUUGAACAUGAAAUCCACAACACUUGAACAUGAAAUGAACAUUCCUUAUCUAAUGUCAAGAUGCACCGAAUGUAAAUCAUUAGCAUUUUAUUAAAAAGAGAAUAUUGAAAAUGCUGUUUUGAGAUGGAGAUAUAAUUACCACUCCAGCACAGUAGGGGGCAGCAUACCCCAAAUGAGUUGAGACUGCACGCGCCAAAAGCAUAUCUUUCUGUGGUGAUUUACUUGCCCUCAUGGAAAUUGGAGGAAAACAUUAGAAAUCUGGACCGUUGAAAGGAUGUCAUCCAAUUGCCAUGUGACCACAUUACAGCUGGACUCAGUGAGCCAGGCAGAAUGCCCCUCUGUUCACCUGCUGCCCUGUGAGAUAGAGCAUGACGGGCCUGCAGAGGUGUCCCAGUUCUUCACAGCCACCAUCAAAGACCAAAAACAUGAGAAAACGGUGUCAUUCAGGGGUCGUGGGUUAAAAGGUCAGGAGGUCAGCUGUCCACAGGGCUACACAGGCCUGGUGCUGAGAGAGGUCAACAAAUCAGGCUCUGACCAGGAGGUAAACCGUAAACACUGCCAAAAUCAUCACUCUCUGGCCAACAUCCACAUAAUCUACUGUAGCAGGUCAACAACUCACAAAGAAUGCUGUCAGAAUCUCCUCUAAUCUAUCUGUAAUCACCAACCAAUGUCCACAAGCUCUUGCCACUGGGCAACAACUCAAAGAAGAUGGCUAUAAUCUGUUUUUAAGCUGUGAACCCCACAUACCAACCAGGAAAUAUGAAACUCUUCCUUUUCCAUUGUCUGCAGCAGGAACACAUACUGUAUAACACGAUAUUGCAUAUUUAAACUCUUCACACACUGACAGUAAUGCUAUAUGUGAGGUAAUGUGUGUGUCCAGGACAGGACUGUGAAGGUGUCCUCAGUGUUCCAUAAAGUCACCUACUGGAACCUCGAGACUUCGCCCAACUCUGAUGACGGCAUCGUCAUGGCAAUGGCCUGGCCGGAUCUGGCAGAAGCGAUACAUGGGCCGGUGGAUGACUGACAUGGAAGAGGCCAAAGCAAAGAAGAUCAAUCCCUGCUCUACCCUCCUUUUCAUGCUGAAGACUGCCUCUAAACACAUUUUGGUUGUGUUUUCAGUAGCCAUUGCUUAGUUUGUAAAAAUAGGAAUAAUGGACAAUGGGUAGAACACUCCUCACAGUCCCUAGUGUUGUAGUGGACACUGUCUAUCUUUUACAGAUCCAUAGGGGUGAAUUGUGCUUGCUGCUUCUUGUGACUAAUGUUACUAUUGUACCAUGUUCUUUUUGUUGUAUUUUUCUGUCAUCAAUUAUACUCAUAUUAUAGACCAUUGUGAUA